CCACCCCACUGAGAGAGCAGUAUAUAACAGAGGGCAGCCUGGUUCUCUCACAUAAUUUUAACAGCAAGGAGGUCUAGGUUAUAGGCAGGUGUUGAGUAGAGGAGAGCAAGAGCAGUUCAAUACUGUGUCAGAAGUGUUUUGUUAUUCCACAUUCUUCUAGGACUGGACAAGAAAAUCAUGCGGAGGCUGUUUUGCCUGUCAGUACUGAUAGCUAUUUCCACUGCAGCUGUCGUUCUGGAAACCUCAGGUAGAGAAGAGCAACCCACUUUGCCCACCAAUGCCUUUAUCACAGAACCAAGCCCGACCAAGGAAAAGUCUCGCUUUGCCAUGCUGGACGAUGUUCGCCUACUUGCAAAUGGCCUCCUGCAGUUGGGUCAGAGUUUACGAGAGUUCGUCCACAAGACCAAGGCCCAGAUCAAUGACAUCUUUCAGAAGUUGAACAUUUUCGACCGCUCUUUUUACCAGCUCUCAGUGGUCACAUCAGAGAUCAAGGAGGAAGAGGAGGAGAUGAAGAAGACCACCAAUUUCUUGAAGACCAACAAUGAGGAGAUCAGAAACUUGUCCCUGGAAAUCAACUCUAAGAUCAACAACAUCUUGCAAGAGCGCAUACAGCUACAGACCAAAGUGGGGAACCUCGAGGAGAGGCUGAAGGGACUGUCCCAGAGCCUGGUCAAACCUGACAAGCUUAGUGAAAUCACAUUGCUCAAGGAAGUGACUGAAGCCCAAGAGAAAACAAUCACCCAACUGCUGCAAGCAGUGAAGGAGCAGCAUGACCAACUUGACUACCAGAAACUGAAGAUUAAAAAUCUGGAGGAAAAGCUAAGCUAUGACAGUUUUCAAGAUACAGUCAAUAAGCCAAUUGAUUCAGACCCUGCAGAUCCUGAUAUGUUUGAAUAUCUGACUGGAAACUCGACCGGCCUCAACGCAAAUGACCUUCCCAUGGACUGCGGUGAGUUGUUUAACAAAGGAGAGACAAACAGUGGAAUCUAUGUUAUUAGGCCAAACCGAUCAGAGCCAUUCAACGUCUACUGUGACAUGGGUUCAGACAGGAGUUGGACUGUCAUCCAACGCAGGCUCGAUAGUGCAGUGGAUUUUGACCAGACAUGGGACAAGUACGAGAAGGGCUUUGGGGAUCUGGAAAAGGACUUCUGGUUGGGCUUAAAGAAGAUCCACAGUCUUGCACAGCAGGGAGUUUACAUCCUACGUAUUGAUUUGGAGGACUGGAAGGAGGAGACACACUGGGCUGAGUACCGUUUCUCACUGGAAGGCCCCUCUGAGGACUAUGCACUUCAUGUCAGUCAUUUCUCUGGUGACCUGCCUGAUGUCAUGGCCAACAGUACCGGCAUGAGAUUCUCCACACAAGACAGAAAUGAUGACAACCACCGAAACCUCAGCUGCACUCGAAGUCACACAGGUGGCUGGUGGUUCAAUGGCUGUGGAGAGACCAACCUUAAUGGAAGGUACUUUUGGCUGAAGGGAAAGGGGCGCUCUGUAAGGAGAAAGGGUAUUCACUGGAAACCUGGAACAGGGCCCUCCUACUCCCUCAAGAUGACCAAGAUCACCUUGCGACAACUUCCAACCUCUGAAACCUUUAACUGACUACAUUUCUCUCACAACACUACUGACUUUUUUUUUUUUUAAUCAACACUGAUAAUAUCUAUUGCUCAGCCAAAACAUUCCAUAAAAGGGGAAGAUGUUACAUAUAGGUUUGUGAUGCAAAAUUAUUAGCUUAUCUGCAACAUAAUGCUGAUUGCUUCUUAACACCACUUUGUCUGAGACUGAUGCUGAACAACGGAAAACAGGCGUAAAAUGUCAGGAGUCGGAAAAUGCUGAACUGUAGUAAUGAGGCACCAUGCCAUGCAGGUCGUUAACCUAUUGGGCCUGAUCCAGCAAGGACAGUAGCACUGCCAUUAUGCAACAUCUGCAAGCACUUGCAAACUGGACAUGUUGAUCUAUAUCAACAGCCUGAUAUAGAUCAGCAAAAUGUCACUGUGCUGCAGCAAGAGAGAAAGGUAUGAGGACACAUCAGAAUGCAAUUCUAAAACUGUUCCAAAAAAGUUACAGACACAACGACCAACAAGUUAUUACAGAGUGCAAAUAGUAUACAGAGAGUGAUGGCUAAAAAGAGACACUGCAUCAUCAACAUAUUAAAAUGUGUCAACACUGUGUGUCUAUUUUUCUUUCCAGCUAGAUCCUUGUCAUUUCUUCCUGCUAUUUUACACUGCUUCAGCCCCAUUUUCAUGGAAAUACACCUAUAAAGUGGAGGUCAGCAAAUACAAAACAAAAGAAUGUAGAAACAAAGCUUUGCAGCAAACUGAUAAGAUUUUCCCUUUGCCUGUUCUACUUUUUUACUCUGUAAAGUAUUUAAACCAUAUUAACAUUGUUAUGAUUUAUGCUGUGUAAUUCUUAUGUCAUUGAGUCAUAUUGACUCAAUUGUCCAUUUUUUCCCAACACAACUGUACUGUAAAGGUCUCAUACCAACAUGUUGCCUUGAAGAGAAGCUGUGCUCUAACAAAUCAUAUUUAUGAAGGCAAAAUAAAAAUCAAUGUGCUAACCCGA